AAGAGAGAAGCGCCAAAAAGGGAGGCACGCGAAGAAAUAGAACGUAUACUUAACGUUCUAGCAGCAGGAGGUAAUGAAUACGACGUGUUAGGUAUAGACGAGGCGAUCACGCUUCCUGAGCUUAGACAGCGGAAACGUAGAAUUCUGUACUUGGUACAUCCAGACAAGAAUAAGGAUAAAGAAGCCCAGAAAUGUGCCAAAGAGGUCAAUGAUGCUGCAGAUAAGCUACUUAAUAAGAAUCAGGAACGAUAUCAGCCGCCUACAGGGUCUCAAAUCUUCAAAGAACACAAGGGCGUCUUCGGGCCUGGGGCAUUCGCAACAGGUGAUACAGAACCCGAAGAUGAUGAAGAAUCAGACCCUGGGGACGAU